AUGGUUACAAAGGCAAAAAAGAGGGCAUUGGCGAAAAAACCAAAGAAGACCAGGCCUACUUUGGCUAUUCCUGCCCUUAAAAGUGAUUCUUCUGACUUCGUGGUAUGUGCUGAGUAUUAUAUUUGAACUUUUUUUCUCUGUUAAUUGCCUCUCAUUUCAAUUUAACAUACUUGCUAAUUUCUGUCGAUUUGUCAAAGCCCCUAGAAGGAGGCUCAGGAGGAAAAAUCCCCCAACUCUCGGAGCCCCCAGCAACUGCCACAGUUUUGUACGUUGGUCGGAUACCCCAUGGUUUCUAUGAGGACGAAAUGGAAGGUUGUUCCCUUAGUCCCAUUAUUGGAGGGAGUGUUGUAUCAUUGUGAACAUUACUUGCCCAACGGUGUCUAGGAUCGAAUCUCAUCGACAGGUCUUACCUGCUUUCAGGGUUUUUUAAGCAAUUUGGGAAAAUCAAGAGGAUAAGAAUCGCAAGAAACAGGAAGGUAGAAUCCUAUUUUAAUUACAUAUUUUCAAGUUUGCGUUGUUCCUUUUCUUGAAGAAGCUUGAAAUGGAAUCAAUUGAAUGUGCUCAAAUCCUUAUUUUAUGUUGUGAUUAUCGAGAAAAAUAUAAAAAUUAAGCUGUCUUCGUGAUGCCCGUAUUCUGAAUGAACACCAUUGAAAUGAUAAAGACAACGUCUAAUGUCGUUACAGCAUAAAAGAUAAAAGGUCUCAUUUAUUCUGAAAAGCAAACAUCAUUUUCACUAUUCUUAUAUCGUGUACUGUGACCUUCCCCGUUCUAGAUUCUUUUAUUUGUUUUUCUCCUCGAAUGUUUGGUGAUUGAACGUUAUUUUUUUUGGCACAACUAAUUUAUUGCCUUCGUCGUCUACAGACGGGAAGGUCAAAGCAUUAUGGCUUUAUUGAGUUUGAAAAUCCUGAGGUAUGCAUUUCCUUUUAUGAUUUUUGUUUAUCAGCUGAAAUCACGAACUUGUCUCAUUUCUGCAAGCUCAAGUUUCCAUUACUUUCGGUGAUUGUAGGUGGCAAAAGUUGUUGCUGAUGAGAUUCACGGUUAUCUUCUGUUCGAGCACCAAUUGCAAAUUAAACCUAUUCCACCAGAACGUGUUCAUCCAAAGUUGUAUGUACUUAUCUUCUUGAUGGGAAUCUUCAGUUCCUUCGUCUUUUUAAUAUUUCUCACGAAUCAUUUGUCAGUUGUGAACAAAGUACCGUAAGCAAUUCACUUUUACGUUACUCCUUUUUGUUUGAGAUUAUUGAAAAGCUUUCCCAGAAAAUCUGAAUCAGGACGAGGACACCAAUUAUUAUAAUACCAGAACGGCAUUGAUAUCUGCUCCAAUUUUCUGUUAUCACUACCUAAUUUUUGCCUAAGUUUUUUCUUUUUGCGAACACCCUUCAGGUACCAUAUAUGUUUGAGAUUCUUUUUGCAUCCUUGGUUUUCAUCUUAGAUGAUGAACUAAAGAGUGUAUUGUUUGAAAGAGGCGUUUGAUCGUCAUUUCCAGUAGCUGUUUUUUCAUUCUCUAUCUCACGUUUAACCAAAAUCUUGAUGUUCCUCUUCCCCCCACUCGAUAUCUUUUCCCAUACACAUUCCUACUGACAUCUUAGAAGAUAGGUAUAUUUAAACUUUAUCUAAAUACAAUGGCAUAUAUAAGAUGCUCUCUGGUUCUGACCCUUCUUAGUAAAAAAAUGGACGUGUAAAUCUCACAGACCCAGAGUAUCAGGCUAAUCCUCUGUAAGCUGAUUUGAUCUAACUCUUCAAGAUUGUUAAAGGGCAAUGGAAAAUGUCUCUAGAUAUGUAAAUAUUCCUUUUUAAAUAAGGUGAAGAAAAACCGAGGAAAUUAUGCUCCUGCCUGGGAUUUGUCAGACAGCGGUAACAAUAAUCCGAUAUCUGACAAACACUGGAUCAGUUUCUCUACAGUUCGCUCCCCAUGAUAUCAAUGUCAAUAUGUUUCUGAGAAAACGAGAAGAUAAUACAGAUCCAGCAUGAUAUUGUUUGGAAGAUUUUUCAAAUGAAAGGUCAUUCUGUGUAUAAUGCAUGAAAUUGCGGCAGGGCUUGAUGUAUGAGUUUGAUUUGAGAUUCGAAAAGGGAGUUGGAGAGCUGCUCAUGUUUUCUUCUCCCUAUUCCUAUUUCUGUAGAUGGAGAGGAAUGAAUCUCAGGUUCAAGCAGAGGAACUGGACAGAGAUCGAGAGGUGGCGGCAUAACAGGGUACUGGGUCUGUCAAGCAUGCGUUCUUAUCUCCUCGUCUGAUCAUGUUUCUCUUCUGUGACGACAUCCGUUCUUUUCCAGGAAAGAACAGUCGAGCAACAUCAGCACCUGGUCGAGCACAUUUUGAGGAGAGAUGGGAGAUGCCGCAAAAGGAUAGCUGCUGCUGGUAUUGAUUAUGAGUUCCCGGACUUUGUAAGUAUGCGGGCUGUUUGGUUGAUUAUCAAUGGGUGAAACUUGGGCGUCAAUGGCCCGGCCUGUUCUUCCUUGACCGGCUCUUGACCAAGCCUUUUGUGCUGUUGAAACCUGUCCCGAGGUCCACUGCCUUUGACUAAUUAAGAAAGUUGAUUGAUUGGUUGACUGUAAAGUCAACGACCCUUUCCCUCUAAUCAGGCAAUCUUCCCUUGGUUCUAUUUUAUCAAGUAUUUUUCAGUUUACCUCAAUAAGUUUGGAUCAUCAUUUGAUGCAGGUUGGCAGGAAGCGGCCGGUGCCCAAAAAGAUCAGAUUUGAUUUGGAUUGA